CAGCCGGAGAGCGAACAACCAAAUGAGUGUGUGUGAGAGAGUUGCUGCAUCUCUGCAUGUGUGUGAGAGAGUGAGGUAGUUGCAGUGUGUGUGAGUCGUGCUCUCACAGAGGAGCUAAGCCAGCCAGCACAGUUUUAGAGGCUCUGAAAGAGCACUCUCUCCUCUCCUCCUUUUCUCUCCCUCUUUUUCUGGACGACACUGAUUCAAAGGACUGCCAUUUGGACUAUCUAAACCCCCGGCACUUUCUGUACUGACCUGGCUUCACCUGUGUGUGUAAGACGAAAGGCAGAGGACUUAACCCCUGGUUUGAGGGGCGCGUUGGAUGACUUCUACGGAUGAGGGCUUGGCCGGUGGAGUGUUGGGCCAGGGGGACCACCAUGGCUCCCCCCAAAUAAUGGAAGGGCGUGUUGACAAAGCCCUUGCACAUCCGGUCAUCACGUGCACGCGGGUGUCCCUUAACCCAGAGCCUGGGUGUCAUCUAUUCCCAGAGGGAGAGGAGGAAGGAGAGGUGGAGGGCAGAGAGAGGGCAGAGUUAGACAUGGACAGUGCUGUGGAGAGCAACCCAGGAUCAGAUGUCUCUGAAGGGGGGAGGAGCGGAGGAGACAAGGAGGAUGGACUGGGGGGACUUUUCUUUCCUGGAGACAAGUGCAGUCAGCUAAACCCAUCGGUGACCUCUGACCUGUCGACGCGUUCCUCUGCCUCUCUGAACGAGGAGCAGUUUGAGGACUACGGAGAGGGAGAGGACGUGGACUACACUCCCAGCAGCCCCUGCCCCGAGGACGAGACGCGCACCAACGGCUACUCUGACCUUGGCUCCUCUGUACCCUCCAGUGCUGGCCAGAGCCCCAGGAAGACACGCCACCUGUACAACAAUGAGAUGAUGGAUGUGUACUGUUCCCAGUGCUGUAAGAAGGUCAACCUACUCAACGACCUGGAGGCCAGGCUGAAGAACCUCAAAGCCAACAGCCCCAAUAGGAAAAUCUCCUGCACAGCCUUUGGCAGGCAGCUCCUCCACACCAGUAACUUCAGCAGCAGCAACGGCAGCACGGAGGACCUGUUCCGAGACAGCAUCGACUCCUGUGACAUUGACAUCACUGAGAAGGUGAGUUACCUAGAGAAGAAGGUAGCAGAGUUGGAGAAUGACACGCUGAUGAACGGAGAUCUCAAGUCCAAGCUGAAGCAGGAGAACACACAGCUGGUUCACAGGAUCCACGAGUUGGAGGAGCAGUUGAAGGACCAGGAGGCGCGGGCAGAGCAGAACACAGAGGAGGAGCAGAGACGACACCGUGAGGCCUACAGCAAGAUGGAGAGAGACAAGAACACUGAGCUAGAGCUGCUACACAACCGAGUCCAACAGCUAGAGGAGGAGAACGGGGAUAUAUCGGUGAACAUGUGCAGACUGAAGUCUCAGACAGAGAAACUGGACGAGGAGAAGCAGAGUAUGACAUACAAGCUGGAGGACACCAGUCUGAGGCUGAAGGAUGAGAUGGACCUCUACAGGAAGAUGAUGGACAAGCUGAGGCAGAACAGACACGAGUUCCAGAAGGAGAGGGAGGCUAUGCAGGAGUUGAUUGAGGACCUUCGUCGGGAGCUGGAGCACCUGCAGCUGUUCAAGCUGGAGACAGAGAAGCCUGGCCGCGGCCGCAGCUCCUCCUCUGGGUUGACGGAGUUCAACGCCAAGACCAGAGAGAUGGAGCUGGAGCACGAGGUCAAGAGACUCAAACAGGAGAACCUGAAACUGAGAGAACAGAACGACGACCUGAAUGGUCAGAUCCUCAGUCUGAGCCUGUAUGAGGCUAAGAACCUGUUUGCCACCCAGACCAAGGCCCAGUCGCUGGCUGCUGAGAUAGACAACGCCUCACGUGACGACUUGAUGGAGGCCCUCAAGGAGCAGGAGGAGAUCAACUUCCGCCUGCGGCAGUACAUGGACAAGAUCAUUUUGUCUAUCCUGGACCACAGCCCCUCCAUCUUGGAGAUCAAGACCAACUAGAACCCCCCUACUAGAAACCCACUACUAGAACCCCCACCGGGAAUGGGGAAUUGGAAAGGGAAAGGAAGACUAGCCAUGCUGAGGCCUGGGACAGCUAGACAUCAUUGCCCCCUGCUGCCCCAGGAGUGGAACUGUGAACUUGGGUGUAUUCAUUAGGCACAAAACAGAAGAAAACAGACUGAAACUGGGAGGUACUACCGGGACUUGUCCAAUUAGAAACACUUGUUUUUGUGUUCUGUUGCGAAACGUUUUGCUACGGUGUGGCCUAAUGAAUAUGACCCUGUUUUCUCUCAGCGACUGGAGCUAUAGUGGAUUUUCUGUGUUGACUAGUAAAGGGAGUUUUGGUACUUCACCGUCAUACUUCUGUUCUAUUCUGUGACUCAUCAACAGAUGUUGGUAUCUCCCUCAUACUCCUUCAUGCACUUUCUUCUAUGUUCUCUAUUGUUUCCUCACAGCCUCAUCUUUAGUCUAAAACACAAUCGAGAUUAAUUAUUACUGGGAAAAAUAAUUAUACUGGGCAGGUGCUUUGAAUAUGUAGGGCAUUACUGGUUGUUGAACACUGGAUAUACGUACUCUAGUGGUGUAUGUAGAAACAAUGUGAACAAAAACCUAUUCAUCUGCAACAGCGUGUGUUGUAGCCAUUGGGGAAUAAAAGAACAGAGAGAGACUGGCAGAUAGCCACACAGAUCUUUAGCUUCCAGACAACCCUAUCCCCACUGUUUCCUUAAAGUUGAUCUGUGUUUGAUCGGUGAAGACCGGUAUGUGGGCAGAGGCACGUUGAUGAAGAAAGGAAAGCAGCACGUGUUUCUGUGAGUAAGAAGAGUGACAGAAAGAGACGAAAGGAGGGAGAGAAGGAGCGAGAAAAUAUUGUACAAGCAUCUUGAUGUCAAAAGAUAUUGGCGUUGACUGAAGAAGAUAUCAGUCAUGUAAAGUGAUAAUGAGAGGCAGCAGAACUUGGUGUGAUGGAAUGCUUUCAGGAGGAUGGAAUGGCUUAGUGAAGUCAAAGAAGGAACAGGUGAAGUGUAUCGGUCAGUACAGUACAGAGGAAGAUAAGAGAAGAAUGCCUUCCUAGGGAACUCUGAGAUGACGGUACAGUAUGAUCUGUGUAGAGUAAUACUGUAUGAUAAAUCCAUAUAGUAAAUUCUUAACUCACACAGUGAGUUGUUAAUUGGCUGGUUGAGAAUUUGAGGAUGCCAAUUCCUCUUAAUCACAGGUUCCCAUUAAUUAUUUUCUACUCAGACAUUCUGUAGUAAGUCUGUCUAAAUAAGUUGGUUAGACCUGGGAUAUGUGCUAUGAAGGAUGUCCCAUUGCAUUAAGCUGCUAUAGCUGCCCACACAAAAAAAACUAUAGUAUACUAUGGAAUAAAUACUAUAGUAUUCACUGUAGUGUUUUUGCAGACUUUUUUGCUGACUUACGGAGUCCGCAAAAACACUGCAGUGAAUACUGUAGCAUUUAUUGUAGUAUUUACUGUAGUAUACUGUAUCAUACUGUAGUAUUUACAGUUAACUAAAGUAUAAAUACUGUAAUAAUAGAAAACUGUAGUAUAUACUAUAGUAAUAAUGUAUUGUUUUUGCGGUUUGUUGUAUUUACUGUAGUAUUUACUACAGUGUUUUUGUUUUAUUAUCUUUGACAUAGAAAUGGAGGCUUUCUCCUUCAGGAAACCUAGUGGAGAAAUACUAAAAGAGCACAUUUUCCAUAACCUGUAGGUAAGACUGGGGUUCAAACAGAUUGUUCAGUGCUUCUGCUCUUUUCUAUAACCUGUAGAGAACACACUAUAUGGUCUAUACUUGGCAUGUAGGUUUCUCACUUAAGGGUGGCACAAAUUGCGAUAUGGGGGAGGGGAAUGGACAGGUUAUAUGCAAAUAAGAUACUGUAGUAUUUACGACAGUGCUUUUUUAUGGCUAAUACUACAAUAUUUACUAUAGCUCCUACAGUAUACUAUAACAUUAUAUAGUACUACUGUACACACGAUCGAGGGAUACUACUGUGUGUAGUAUAGUAUACUACAGUUUACUAUAGAAUUCUAUAGUAAGUACUGUAGUAUUUUAUAGUAUACUGUAGGAUUUUAUAAUGUGGCUAUUAGCCAACUAGCCUAUAUGCUUUAUAUUUCUGUGUCGGACACUGCCACUCCACUCUCCCUAUAUCCACACUGAACAAGAGACAAACCCUGCCAGCACACAGGGCUGUCAAGUCAACAGCAUAACAAUGUACAAGCACAUGAAUGUAACCCAAUGGAUGUGAAUGUACAGAAUGCUUAAUGCAUUCUGCAUAGAGAUAGAUACAGUAUUUAUCUCUGUUAUUCCACAUCUCAAUGUGUUUUAUGAAUUUCCUCUGGGUGUUAAGCCAUGUCAGUGUGGCUCAUUGAAUCAUCCCUAUCAUCUCUAUAUAAGAUACUGUAGUAUACUGCAGUAUAUUCAUCAGAAGUUCACUUACUGUAGACUAGAGUUUGGUACUAAUAAGACUGGAAUAGCAAUCAUACUGGAGUCUAUACAGAGUAUAUGGGUAGUGUUUGCUCUUUGGCUAGUAUACUGUAAAUAUCAUGAAUGUCUCACGUAGCUAACAUUCUCUCUGUUAAAACCUAAUGGGUUUUUGUGUACAAAUCUACAUUUUGUUGAGACAGUUUUCAAAUGUCAUACAGUAGGCCUUUGCUGUACUACUGUAUUCGAGAGGACGUUGAUAGGCAAAGGGGAUAACCUGCUGUAAAUUAAAUUGCUUUAAACGUA